AUGGAAAGGAAUUACUUGAUGUCAUGCCUUAUUGUAAUCUUGUUUGUUCUCUUUACAGAGAUAAAUGGUAGUGGAAAAGCACCAACACUCACUAAACCUUAUGGGUUUUCAUCAGAAGAAACUACAACAGAAACUACAACGAUCACAACUGAAGAUUGUGAACAACCAUUAACAUUAAAUGAAAUGAUGCUAAAAUUAAUCUACAAAUUAUGGGCAAUAUUGCAAUAUUUAUGGAAAAUGUUAUAA